UUGGUUUUUUAAUAAUGCUUUGUAUAAUUAGCAGAUAUUUAAGGGGAUUUUAAGGGAAGCUAUCUUAAAGGCAGUGGUGUACACUUAUAAUGUGUGACCGUUUACCUGCUUUUUAUGGAAAAAUGUGUAUUGGGAAUUUAAGGAUUUCUAAAUUUUGUUGAUGGCUAGUUGAGAGGAAUACAAGUUUCCCCCUUCAUGAAUACAAAGCUCACCAAUGUAAAUGUUACUCAGAGUGACAAAUUAAUAUAUCGACGAACAUGGGAAGUAGGUGUUCACACGGAACAUCAGCAUUAAUGGAAUUUUAGGACUUUCUCUGUCCUCAAAGAAGUCCUCAAAGAAGUCCUCAAAGAAGUCCUCAAAUUCUCUGGACAGCUGGUCUAGAUGCUCCUCUUACUGUUCCUCAGACUGGGGGUGUUGACCUGUACGCUAGACCCCCGGAAACACCUGUUAUUGAUGAACUGGAUCGAUGGAAGUUGAAGAUUAGGUGCACAAGAAUGAGUUCUCGGGUGAUCGCGAGGAGACUGGCGUCUUGAGUUUAACGUCUGCCACAGACGAAUAUUUGCAAUGCCACUCGGGAUGUCGUCGAUCUCAGCCUUUCUGCUCUUCCUCACGGCCUUCUCGAACUCCUUCGCCGUCCGCACUCAUCCCAGCUUCUCCAGGAAUGACACGACCUUUGAGCACAUGGUCCUGCACCCGGACCCGUCGGUUGGCACGGUCUACGUGGGUGCCAGGGACCGCCUGUUUCAGCUGGAUGGCCUGGACGGCCUGCGUCUGGAGCAGGAGGAGAGGACCGGCCCUGUGAUCGACAGCAGGGAGUGCCUCCCCCCGGUCACCCGGGCCAACUGCCCCCAGGCCCGGCUCACCUCCAACCACAACAAGCUGCUUCUGGUGGACCCCUCGGCCAUGCAGCUGAUCACCUGCGGUAACGUGCACCAGGGCACGUGCCAGAAGCGCAGCCUGGACUCCGUGAAGGAGGUGCUGUUCUCCACGGACCGGCCGGUUGACACCCAGUAUGUGGCGGCCAACGACCCGGACGUGUCCACCGUGGGCCUGGUGGUGGGUCCCCGAGGCGGGGGGCGGACCGUUCUCUACGUGGGGCGGGGCUACACGAGCAGCCACCCGCCCAUCUCCACGCGCCACUUGGCCGGCGACCUCACGUUCUCUCACGAGGAGACUGCCAAGCUCGCCGUGGCGGGGAGGCUCUCGGAGUACGACCACCAUUUUGUGACCGCCUUCGCCCGCCGCGGGCACGUGUAUUUCCUGUUCUAUCGCCGGGACAUCAAGGCCGCAUCCCGGGAGUACCGGACGUACGCGGCUCGCGUGUGCCUGGAUGACACCUCGUACUAUUCCUACGUGGAGGUUCCCCUGGUGUGUCGCUCAAAUGCCUCCUCCUCCCCGGAGAGGAGCUACAACCUCCUGCAGGCGGCCCAGGUGGGCAAUGGGGGUGGCAGGGAGGCGGAGGCCCUGCUGGGGGUCUUCUCUGCCCGGGUCAGCUCCUCCAACGGGCCGUCGGAAGACUCGGCUCUGUGCGUGUACCCCCUGGACGAGCUGGACCAGCGCAUCGACUCCACGCGGGACCUGUGCUACACCCAGGAUGGCCGGGUGGAGGGAGGUGGAGGGGGCGUCCCGUUGGCAUACAUCGAGUACGAGGUCAAGUCCAGCUGCGCCAACUUGCCCAGGAACACCCUCAGUGCUUAUCCCUGUGGCUCUGACCAUACUCCCAGUCCAAUGGCCAGCAGUGUUCCUAUGAAAGCUGUGGCGGUAUUCGAAAGGAUGUCGACACGCCUCACCGCUGUGGCUGUCAGUGUUAGGGCGGGGCACUCUAUCGCCUUUUUAGGAGACUCAAAAGGGAAUUUGCACAAGGUGUUCCUCGGCUCUGAAGAUAAGGCGAAGCUCUACUCCUCCACACUCAUCCAGUCCAACUCACCCAUCCUCAGCGACCUCCUCCUUGACCAGACAGAGAGGAACAUUUACAUCAUGACCGGCACAACGGUGGAGAAGCGGCCGGUCGCUGAGUGCGGAGAUCACCUGGACUGUCAGCACUGCCUCUCCGCCAGAGACCCUUACUGUGGGUGGUGCCUUCUGGAGGGCAGGUGUGGCUGGCGUUCGCAGUGCCGUCGAGGGGAUCUGCCGGGCCAGUGGCUGUGGAGCUUUGACCGGCAGCAGCAGUGUCUUACCAUCCAGUCGCUGAGCCUGUAUAACAUCAGUUACGGAGAGAAGACUGCUAUUGCUGUGUCAGUGAAGGGGUUGCCCAGUCUAGUGGAAGGCGAAGCAUACAGCUGUUUCUACCAGGACGUGGAAAGUCCUGCCACUGUCACAGACACUGGUUUGACCUGCUCUACCCCAGAUGCUAGCAGUCUUCCAGCCAUUGGCCAGGGAGAAGACUCCGUCUCAGUCCCCCUGUCCCUUCGCUUCCACAACGUGACCCUGGCUGCUCAGGAGUUCACCUUCUUUGACUGUGGCCUAGUCCAGCAGCUAUCUGGACGCAUGCCGUGCAGAGGGUGUGUGAGCAGUCCCUGGGGCUGUAACUGGUGUGUUCACCAGCACGUGUGCACACAUGAAGUCUUGUGCGAUCAAGGGGUCACUAUUUACAACAAACACUUCAAACCACCGACACCCACCCUUCAAGAGGCCACACGCUCUGAUGCUGUAACUCCAACUCCCCCGGCUGCUCCGACACCCCCACCUACAAAGGCAUCCGUCAGGACCACUCCCCGAGUCCCAGCGGGCACAGCUGUGCGCCCAGCCACCACGCCCGCCCCAACCCCCACCCCCGCCGAGCCCACCGCAGUGGCCGGCACCUCAUCGCCGACCGUCGCCGUCACCACACCCUCAAACACCCUGGCCACCCGGGCUACCACGACGCCGCCGGAGGUGACGACCGGCCUGCGUGCCGCGGCAGCACCAACUCCCGGAGAGGGAAACGGCAGCCUCCCAGGGACUACCAGUGGAGCGGGGGACUCAGGGCGGCCCACGGUCCCCGGAGUUGAGCCGCUAGCCUGGCCAGGGUCCCCCGAGACCGUAGCUCCCGUCACCACCGCUGGGCUGACGGACGCCGAGCUGGCGGUGCUCGAAGCCUCGGACGAUGCCCUCUCCUCCGCUGACUCUACCGCCUCCAGUGGUGUCCCACUGUCGGUGGACCUUCCCGCCGUCUCCGGUGGGGAUGGCAUCCCCCUGGUCCCCUCUGAAGGCACAGACCCACACCCGUGGACUGGGGAGUGGGAGAAGGCCGAGGGAGAGACAGAGACCGGGCUAGACCCUCCGGCAUCCUCCGCCGCGGCGCUCUCUGGAGACGAUGACCCAAACCCGCCGCCCGUGUUCCUCGCUCUAACGCCCGACUCUGACGCCGAGUUGUCGCCAGACUACCAUGCUGAUGCCGCUGAAUUUGACCUGCCGGACUGCCCGUGUGUGGAGAAGGUCCAGGGUUCCUCUCUCCUUCCGGUUAACGCGGAGCGGAAGAUCACUCUAGUGGGACGCCAUUUUGACCUCUUCAAGGAUCUGGACUAUACGUGUGUCCUGACCAUCGAGGGACAGUCAGUGGAGGUGGAUGCGUACGUUGAACCAGAUGGCACCCAGUCUGCUCUCUUCUUCAUCACCUGCCAACUGCACCAGUAUGCCUAUUCAGCCCUCGUGGAGGAGUACGAUGCCACAAUCAACGUGAAGCGGAGAAACGCCUUUCAGAUUGAUAGCCCCGAUGACCUGCACGUGACAUUGUUCAACUGCUCCGUGGGCCGCUCAGACUGCAGCCGUUGUCGUACGGCUGACCAGAAGUAUGGCUGUGUGUGGUGUGGUGGGGCCCACUCCAGGUGUAGCCACCACGACUCCUGCGCCGACGAGGUCACGCAGUCCUGCCCAGCCCCCGUCAUCCAUUUUAUCGAACCCGCUUCGGGGCCAGUAGAAGGCGGCACUAUGUUGACCAUCUCCGGCUCCAAUCUUGGUCAGAAAGCGGAAGACAUUCAAGACUCUGUCAAUGUAGCUGGUGUCCCCUGCACCGUAAUCAGCAGCAGAUACGAGAUCUCCUCUAGGAUUGUGUGUGAGACCACGGCCAGCGGGGGAGAGAAGAGUGGCCAGGCCUCAGUCGAGGUGGGGGGGGGAGGGCUUGGACUCUCCGGUCAAAGGUUCAGCUUCCAGGACCCAGUUCUGCUGGGUGUUAUCCCUCAGAAGGGGCCCAUGGCUGGGGGCUCAGCGUUGACCAUAAAGGGCCAGAACCUGAAGACCGGACAUCCCGGAGAGGUCAGCGUGCUGAUUGGUGGAGUCCCAUGUGUCAUCACGUCUGAGGUCGCGGAGGACCAGAUCACAUGUGUGACCGGUGUAAGCAACAGGACUGGAGAGCACGGCGUCACUGUCAGAUUUGGUAGAGCAAAGCGCCACCUGGAGGGUGCCAUCUACCAUUACACCUUGAACCCUAACAUAACCAUGGCCGCGCCCUCCAAAAGCUUCCUCAGUGGUGGGAGAACGAUCAGAGUGUCAGGACAAAACCUCGACGUGGUGCAGGAGCCCAGAAUCCGAGUGACCCUUAGUCCUCUAGAGUACCUUCCUCUGAGGAAGAAGAGGAGGACACCGUGGAGGGGUGAUGGUGAGAAGAACACCCCGCGCACGAGAAAAACGCGUAUGGUUCCUGAGCCAGGCUGCCCCGAGGACAAACUCUGUGUCAUCAAACAGUUUGAGACAGGCUGUGUCGUGAGCAGCUCCUCCCUGAUCCUGUGCCAGACGCCUGCCGUGGGUCCCGAGGCCCGUCGCGCCCGGAUCAGAGUGGACUUCCUGAUGGACAACCUGCAUUUUGAUUUCAGCUCCGUGGGCAGUGGGGCUUUUAGCUAUGAGCUUAACCCAAUCCUGUUCCCGCUGAACCGGAACGAUCCCGGCAAACCCUACCACCACAAACCUGGCAGUGUCAUCUCCGUGGAGGGGGAGAAUCUGGACUUGGCCAUCUUUAAAGAGGAGGUGGUGGCACGCAUCGGGGAGGGGCUGUGCUCUGUGAAGACCUUGACCCAUAACCACCUCUACUGUGAGCCCCCGUCCCAGCCGCCGUUGGUGCUGGCCAGCAGGAAGCAGGAGGGCAUAGAGUCCCUCCCCGAGUUCACUGUCCAGAUGGGGAACCUGAACUUCUCCUUGGGCAGAGUGCAGUAUGAUAGCCAGGGCCAGUCCACCUUCCCCCUGGAGGCCCAGGUGGGUGUCGGGGUGGGGGCCUCCAUCGUCGCCCUCAUCGUCCUCAUCAUAGUGCUCAUCUACAGGAGGAAGAGCCAGCGAGCCAUGAGGGACUACAAGAAGGUCCAGAUUCAGCUGGAGAAUCUGGAGACCAGUGUGAGGGACCGCUGCAAGAAGGAGUUCACAGACUUGAUGACUGAGAUGAUGGACUGCUCCAGUGACCUGGUUGGUUCUGGCAUCCCCUUCCUGGACUACAGGGCGUAUGCAGAGCGCAUUUUCUUCCCUGGCCACCGCGAGUCGCCACUCAGGCGCGACUUGGACGUGCCAGAGUGUCGUCGACAGACGGUUGAACAGGGGCUGGUUCAGCUGUCCAACCUCCUCAACAGCAAGCUAUUCCUCACCAAGUUCAUCCACACCCUGGAGGUCCAGCGGACCUUCUCUCCAAGGGACCGGGCCUACGUGGCCUCCCUCCUCACGGUGGCCCUGCAUGGGAAGUUGGAGUACUUCACUGACAUCCUGAAGACUCUGCUUAACGACCUGGUGGUGCAGUACGUGGCCAAGAACCCCAAACUCAUGCUCCGAAGAACUGAAUCGGUGGUGGAGAAGCUCCUAACCAACUGGAUGUCCAUUUGUCUGUUCACCUUCUUGAGGGAUACCGCAGGCGAGUCCUUCUACAUGCUGUUCAGAGCCAUCAAGCACCAGGUGGACAAGGGUCCGGUGGAUGCCGUGACCGGAAAGGCCAAGUACACCCUCAACGACAACAGGCUGCUCCGUGAGGACGUGGAGUACAAAACCCUGACCCUGAAUGUCCUGGUGCCAGCUACGGGCAACGGCAGCGUCCCCCAGACGGCUCCUGCCAAGGUGCUGGACUGUGACACCAUAACCCAAGUGAAGGAGAAGGUCCUGGAGCAGGCGUGGAAGGGCAUGUCCUUCUCCCAGAGGCCCCACACGGACUCUCUCCACCUGGAGUGGCGUGCGGGCGUGGCAGGUCACCUGAUCCUUUCAGACGAGGACCUGACGUCGGUGGUGCAGGGCUCCUGGAAACGCCUCAACACCUUGCAGCACUACAAGGUUCCGGAUGGGGCCACUGUUGCACUGGUGCCCCGGACUUCCAAACACAUCCACAAUGACAGCCACGACUACUUCCCGGGAGAAAAGACGCCCAUGCUGGACGAUGGGGAUGAGGGCGGCGUGAAACUCUGGCACCUGGUGAAAGCCAACGAGGAGACAGACCUGCCCAAACACCGGCGCGGCAGUCUAAGAGACCGGGAGAGGGCCAAAGCCAUCCCGGAGAUCUACCUCACACGCCUGCUCUCCAUGAAGGGGACACUGCAGAAGUUCGUGGACGACUUGUUCACGGUAAUCCUGAGCACCAACCAGCCGGUUCCCAUGGCUGUCAAGUACUUCUUCGACCUGUUGGAUGAGCAGGCUCUGCAGCACAACAUCACAGACCCUGAGACCAUUCAUAUCUGGAAGACCAACAGUUUACCACUAAGGUUCUGGAUCAACAUCCUGAAGAACCCCCAGUUCAUCUUUGACGUCCAGGCAUCAGACCACGUGGAUGCUGUGCUGUCGGUCAUAGCCCAGACCUUCAUGGACUCCUGUACCAUCGCAGAGCAUAAGCUGGGCAGGGACUCUCCUAUCAACAAGUUGCUGUAUGCCAGGGAUAUCCCACGGUACAAGCAGAUGGUAGAGAGAUACUACGCUGACAUCAGGCAGACCAUUUCUGCAAGUGACCAGGAAAUGAAUUCUGCUCUUGCCGAACUGUCUCGGAAUUACGCCAGUGAGGUGAACUAUCUGGUGGCCCUGCAUGAGCUCUAUAAGUACAUCAACAAGUACUACGACCAGAUCAUCACCGCUCUAGAGGAGGACCCCGCGGCUCAGAAGAUGCAGCUGGGCUACAGGCUCCAGCAGGUCGCCGCCGCCGUGGAGAAUAAGGUCACUGACCUAUGAUGUCAGAGCGGCCCUGAGGCAGGCGACAGGCCGCGGCGCUGACAGAGACACAGCUGCUGAGAGAGACAGUCCCGGGUGAAACGGACGCACUUGGGGGAGCCACGUCGGUUCGUGGGUGGGGCGUCUUUUCGUCAGACCGAAGGAGAGAAGUUAAGUCGAGGAACACUGAGCAGUGGCCUUUUCUUUUGGCCGUAUCCUCCAGGAGUUGCUGUACAUAGAUUCUCCUAAAAGCUUCACAGGACAUGGUCAUGCCAACCUGACGUCAUCUUACCCUGGCGCUGAUGAGCGUGUAGUACUGACAUGAUCCUGAGUGAGCAAAGCCCCGUGGAACUCUCCGGAUUACUGCGGAGUCAGUCAGCUACAGUCCAAGUCUUUUUACCCCUUUCAAUCUCACUUUCUAUGUUUUACUUCAUGGUACAGCUCUGCUUUCCAUACAGAAUGUCAUUUUUCAGACAAGCUUAAAGAAAGGAAUCGUUGUCGUCCCUCCACUGAGUGUUUUUGAGCCUUAAGUCAGUUUUUCUGAGAGGAUAUCUUCCUUUCAUUUUGUUAAAGGCCAAUCCAUGUGCUGGACUUUAUGUUUGAUUUCAAUGUUCCUUGCCGAAAACCAUGUCCAGUUGUGGCUACAUGUCAUUUCUCGAGGCAAUUCAAAUAUAUUUUUUUCAGUCCCAAUGUGAGAUGAAAGACAUUUGUAGCUUAAAUCUUCAGAAAUAUUUAAGUGGUUUAUCUGUAGCACUGGGUCUGGCUUUCUUACUUUGCACAUCAUUUAAAGAUGUUAUUGAGCAGAUGGAGAUGAAACAAACCACAGUAAACAAACAACAAUUCACCAGGCUAAAUGUGUUGAAACAGUUUGUGUCAGAAAAUUGCUGGUUAUCAUGGAAUACUUCAAUAGAACGUCCAGUUUUGUCAAAAAACUAUGGUAUGCGACAACUAAUGGGCAACAGUUGUUAUGGCUCACAAGUUUUUAAUCACUGAUUAUUUGAACAAAUCACGGUUUAACAGGGUCUGUGGUUCUUUUGAAAUAAGGAAGGAGAGGAGGUAUUUUUGCCAUUAAAUUUCACUGAUGCUUCUACUUGGGCAGAGCCAUCACCCUGCAUCUUCUCAUUCUAAUGUUUUAUAUCACAGAACAUUACUGAGUAGCUGACACAGUCUUACAAUAUUUUAGCAGUGGGUGUCAAUGGUUUGGUUUACUGUAAAGAUUAAGCAAAAGGAGUUAGAUAUUGGCAAUAUUGUUUAGCUCAUCAAACCUCCAGCAUAACACAUUUUUAGUCUUAACUAACAUUUAGCCCACGGUUUCAUCAUCACUGACAGUGUAAUGACUGAACUGAGUGGUAGCCAUUGUUUGGUUUUCAUGAAUGCAAAAAAUUUGAAGUCUUAGGUUUUAUAAUAUUAUUUAUUUAUUUAUUUUCCUGUCUGGUUGGCUGCUGGUUGGUUGUCUAUUUUACGAAGACCAAAAUAUCAACCGAUUUAAUCCACUGAUUUGUCAGUUACAACACCCAUCACAUUGUCUCUUGGUACUGAAUGACUCUGAAGAUGCAGAAGUGGGCCUGCUGGUCAUGUUUGAGUUUUGACCAUGUUUGAUUACUUUUGGUGCUCUGUGUUUUAGUUGUUGCUGCGUAUAUCAUACCAAAAGUCAGUUGUACAUCCAAAUUACAACAUGCUUUGCAUUCUGGGUCUAAAGCUAUUUUUUUAUUUUUCAUGUAAUUACCUUUUAGAGAAGUCAAUCUAUAAUAAGGGAAUUUCUAUUGUUAGUGGAGCAGGUAUGUCAUCGUUGUCAUAUUUUGCUGUGUACAUCCAAUCUGCUUUCGUUGUUUGAUUUCCUUGCAGAGUUCAAGCAUUUUCUAUUUUCUUGUAAGUACUUUACCACUGUAAGUCUGCCGUUAGCUUUCUCUAACUUUUUGAUAGAAGAGAUUUAACAACCAAAUGUGAUGCAAUAAAAAUGGUCAAACUGUCAA